GAUGUGUUGCUACGUCGCGCUCUCUCUCCCUCUCUCUUUGGAGUUUCUAUUCUACUAAUCUCCGCAACAAGAACAAUUCCAACUGUAUUAUCGCAGAGAGAGGUCGUCGUGGCGGUGCUUUGUUCUCUAAUGGCACACACUGUAUUGUUUGCCUCAGCAACACUCACUCCUUUCAAUCGGAUUUCAGGAGCUUCGAAGCAAUUGUUGCCUGGUUCUUUGAAUAAAUUUGGAAGCAAUUCAUUGUUGUUUGGAAGCAUUCGAAGGAAUGGUUUGAGGAUUGUGGUUUCGGGCGCAGCAGGGAAGAAUGGGGGCCUGGUGGAACUGCCUCAAGGCAAAAGGGCUUCUCGCUCUUAUGCUUGGCCUGAUAAGAAGAAACCAAGGGUAUGCAUACUGGGAGGUGGAUUUGGAGGUCUCUAUACUGCAUUAAGACUAGAAUCCCUUGCAUGGCCUGACAACAAGAAACCUCAGGUACUUCUUGUUGACCAGUCUGAACGCUUCGUUUUCAAGCCAAUGUUAUAUGAGCUUUUAUCUGGAGAAGUGGAUAUAUGGGAAAUAGCUCCACGUUUCUCAGAUUUGCUUGCAAACACUAGUGUGCUUUUUUUCCAAGACAGGGUGAAACUUUUACAUCCCUUGGAUCAUGAGGGAAUGUAUGCACCUACAAGGUCUAGCUGUGGAGGAACUGUGCAUCUUGAAAGUGGGCUUCUUAUUGAAUAUGACUGGUUGGUACUUGCUUUGGGAGCUGAAUCUAAAGUUGACAUUGCACCCGGUGCAGCAGAAUUUGCAUUGCCAUUUUCCACCCUGGAGGAUGCAUGUGUAGAUGAGAAGUUAAGAACAUUGGAGAGGAAGUACUUUGGUAAGGACAAUCCAAUUCGUGUGGCAGUAGUGGGAUGUGGUUACUCUGGAGUUGAGUUAGCUGCCACAGUAUCAGAGAGACUACAAGAUAAAGGAAUUGUACAAGCGAUUAAUGUGGAUACCACAAUCUUGCCAACUGCCCCACCUGGCAACAGGGAGGCUGCAUUGAAAGUUCUUUCAUCCAGAAAGGUUCAACUUUUAUUGGGUUAUUUUGUCUGCUCUAUAUCAAGAGCUAGUGAUUUCAAAAAGAAUGUUGGAGUGGUGCACAUUGCAGAAGCUCAUGAUUCUGAAAGACUAAUUCUGGAGCUGGAGCCUGCUAAAAAAGGCUUACAAAAUCAAACACUGGAAGCCGAUCUAGUAUUAUGGACUGUUGGGUCUAAACCUUUACUUCCUUUAUUAGAAUCCUGUGACAAGCCCCAUGAGCUUCCUCUUAAUGCCAGGGGCCAAGCAGAAACAGAUGAUACUCUCCGUGUCAAGGGCCAUCCACGCAUAUUCUCAAUUGGUGAUGCUUCUUCACUGAGAGACUCCAAUGGGAGACUACUUCCAGCCACAGCACAGGUAGCUUUCCAGCAAGCAGAUUUUACUGGUUGGAAUCUUUGGGCUGCAAUCAAUGACCGACCUUUGAUGCCAUUUAGAUUCCAGAAUUUAGGUGAGAUGAUGACUCUUGGGAGAAAUGAUGCUGCUAUUUCACCAAGUUUCUUGGAGGGGCUAACCUUGGAAGGUCCUAUAGGUCAUACUGCGAGGAAAAUAGCAUACUUGGCGAGAUUGCCUACAGACGAGCACCGUUUGAAAGUGGGGAUGAGUUGGUUUGUGAAGUCUGCUGUGGAUUCAGUUACAACGCUGCAGAGUACUCUUGCCAAAGUUGUUUCAGGAGCAUAGUUCAAUUGCAUCUCUCUUUUAAAGGCACACAUUCUUUUCUUUUCUAUUCUCUCACUUAUAAAUUAUUUAUUAACCGACACAGAAUUUGAUGUAAAAAUCCCAACAAGCAGCUGAAUUUAUCAAAGGAAAUAACAAUUUCACACUCACAGUUUUACUGAGCACAUAUUCAGGAAAACUGAGUAGGCAUUGCACAAUUUACCUUUGUAUUAUUUAGGGUAGGUAAAAUACAAGAUAUUGUUGAUCCAACACACAAUGAUGUAGUAUGUAAUAGUGGUACUGGUGUGAUUUGAGUGGUCGAUCAAUUAGUCGACCCCUCCUAGUUAAAUGUUCCACCACAGCGCCGAUAUAUUUGAUUUGUUUUGUGUGUAGUAGAGAGAAUGAAUGAAUUGGUCUGAGGGAGAGGCCCACUCACCUUCUUGUUUAUGUU